CGGGUGGGAGGAAGAAGGGCUUGUAGUCGAGCACUCGUCUGACGGCGCACUGUAUCUAGAGGAUAUUUACACCUGUGGACUCAGGGCUGAUUUCGUUUUCUCAGCAGCGCUUUAGGUUUCGUUUCUCUCCAUUUGGGCGGCAAAUUUGAAGUCCCUUCUGGGCGAGCGACCAUGGCGACGUCACUGCUGAACCUGGAGGAGGACCUCACGUGCAGCAUCUGCCUGUGUCCGUUCGACGGGCCGGUGAGCCUCGCGUGCGGCCACAGCUUCUGCCAGCAGUGCCUGGAGGCCGCGUGGAAGGACGCGGGGCCCGUGAGCUGCCCGCACUGCCGCACGCUCUACGCGGUGCGGCCCGUACUGAAGCGGAACACCGUGCUGAGCGCUGUGGUGGACACCAUCAGGUUCGCGAGCGACGCCGGCGCGCCGCCGAGCGAGGGCGCGGGAAGGAGGACGAGCAGCAGCGAGCGCGAGGAACCGAAGCCCAGACCCGAACCCAAGCCCGUGCUCUGCGACACCUGCAUGCAGGCGAAGGCGGAGAGCACGUGCAUGACGUGCGCUGCCUCCUUCUGCAGCGAGCACGUGCGGCCCCACCGCGAGAACCCGGUAUACCGCGCGCACCGCCUGGUCGAGCCGCCGCUCGCGGACCUGCAGAACCGCCUGUGCGCCGAGCACGCGAAGCUGCUAGAGUUCUACUGCGCGCCGCACGAGCGCUCCAUCUGCAGCGGCUGCCUGCAGGAGCAGCACAGGGGCUGCAGCUUCUACACGGUGGACGAGCAGCGCGAGAAGAAAGAGUCUGAACUGAAGGAAAAGAUGGGCACUCUCGAUGGCAAAAUUGAAAAGAACCAGUUGGUCAUCUCCCAGAUGAGGGAACAGCAGGCCAAGCUCAAGGAUGUAGCGGCGGUCCGUAAGCGUGCUCUGGAGGCCGAGUAUCAGCAGCUCAGAGACAUGCUGCAGAAGGAUGAGAAGGAGGCCAUGAUGGCUCUGGAAAAGGACCUGGAGACCGGCCUGAGCAAACUCAGCACACUCAUGAAGAAGUUCAACCAGAACAUUGAGAAGAUGAGCGGAACCAAGGACGAAAUCAACAGGCUGCUGGUCCAGUCCCACUCUCUGGACUUCUUACAGGCAACUGUGGACUUGCCUUCUGUGGUGACCUUUGACCCAUACGCCCCUCGAAUCAACCUUGACUCCAAAUGUGUCAUAGCGCACCACGCCUGCAUCGUUAAUCUGAAGGAGCAGAUAUCUAAGGUCCUGCAGCAGCCAGUGGAGAACAGGCUCUCUUUCCUCAAACCAGAACUGGGAAAUCCUCUUGCUAACGAAGGUGCUGGUAACGCUCCCACUACGUUACCAAACCCGAGGGAGGGUUCUGCCCCCAGUGAAGACCCCAGGCCCACCAGUCCAUCUCAGGCUAAAGGUGCACCUGGAGGAACCAAAAAGAAACCACCACGAGAGAAAAAGGAGAACAAAGGAGAGAAGAAGGAGAACAAAGGAGAGAAAAAGGACAACAGAGGAGAGAAAAAGGAGAACAAAGAUCAGAAAGAGCGCAAAGAAUACAAAGGAGAGAGAGCCAAGAAGUUUCCUAACAAAGGAAUGGCCCCUCCAUUCUCCAACAGAAUGGAUGGUGGUAUGAAUUUCACUGGUGGUAUGAAUUUCGCUGGUGGUAUGAAUUUCGCUGGAUAUGCUCCUGAUUUUGCUUCAGUUGAUAUGGGCGUAGCUGUGAGAAGGAGUGAUCUCCUGCGGUAUGCCACAAUUCUCAUGUUUGACCAGAGGACGGCCCACAGACGGGUGGUCCUCUCAGAGAACAACACCAAAGCGUCCGUAUCGGAUGAGCCGUCUGCCUAUCCGGACCUCCCGACCCGAUUCACUGUGUGCUCGCAGGUGCUCUGCUCCAAGGGUUUCUCUCAGGGCUACCACUACUGGGAGGUUAAAAUGAGCAGCAAUAAUUUCUGCGGCAUCGGCCUGGCCUACGGCAGCAUCGACCGCAAAGGUCCGUCCAGUCGCUUGGGUCGGAACGCCCAGUCCUGGUGCGUCGAGUGGUUCAACGUGAAGCUGUCCGCCUGGCACAACAGCAGCGAGACGGUGCUUAAUAACCCAAACCCUAGCCGGGUGGGGGUGCUGCUCGACUGUGGUGGGGGAUCUGCCACGCUUUAUAACGUGAUGGCCGACCGUGCAUAUGCAUUCCACACGUUCGUUUUCCCCUUCUCUGAGCCAGUUUACCCUGCUUUCUGGAUCUUCUCCACUGGGUCCUCCGUCACCCUGUGUAAGCUCAAUAAUUAAUGGCUCUUGUAAAUGAUCACUCAUAUGCGAUAAUGAGGAUCAGGUGAUUCUGUUAUCAUACAGUUCAUUAACAAAUCACUGCUGCCAUGAGAAACUAUGAGCUUAUUUCUGCAUGAUUAAUAAUUGUUGUUGAGAAAACCUCUUUUGUCCAAGAGUUGUUCCACUCAUGUUGCCAUAUCUGAUAACAAUACUUUAUUUUUAUUACCAGACUGCUGUCUAGUGGUUGCUAAGCAACAACAAUAUACUGUCACUGUUUUAUCUCCAUUUUUGUCAUUCUUAGUUUUUUCUAAUAAUUUGAAAAGGCCUGUUGUCCUUUAUGUUGUGUCAGUAUUUCAUGAUGAAUGUGGCAACCGAAAUGGUCCAAAAUUACUGGUUGUGUUCCAACAGCAAUGAUAUGUUUUUGGGGUCUUCUUUGCUUAAAUUCAUGUUAAUUUAGCCUUGUGUGGUGUUCAGGUCUGUGGGACCCAUUUUCAAUGUUUACCAAAAGAAAAAAUUAUGCUAUUUAUUAUUAUUUCAAUCCCAGAGUCCUUGGCUUUUGCUCAUUUUCUGUGAAUAACAUAUUUCCAUAAAAU